AUGUCGACCGCAAGGGAAACCACACAUCAUCAGCCCCAAGUAACAGAGAAGAACGACUGCAACAAUGGCGUCUGUAUCAUCGCUAACUUGUAUCAGCAUGCACUUGGCAUCGAGGCCAGCGUCCCCCAGGCCGGUAGCAUCGCCGGCAUGAUUGCUAGCAUUACAGAUGAAAAGACCAGCGGCGAGGAGUACGGCUGUCAAGGAGAGGAAGGUGAUGGUGAGAUUUGCGUCUUGCUGAAUACCGCGUAUACAAUUUGUGAUGUUGGGGCUGCGGAUGGAUGUCAUGAUAACUCGGUUGUGGAGGCGAAAGUUCCACAUGCGAAUAAUAACGGGGUGAAGUAUUGUGGUGUCAGUGAAUCGGGGUAUUGCCGCGGGUUGGAUCAGGACUAUUGGGAGGAGCUAAAGCCUGAUUCGAUGAGUACAGUCAUGAGUCUAGGUGGCGUUCUUCAUACCAAUCAGUGA